ACCAGCCCAAUCUAGAAAGGAAAACAACAAAAAAACACCAGGAUUUUCUAGAUGAGCAUCAUCUCUCUCAUUUGGCAGUGGUAUAUAAAGUCGCCACCAUUGCUUGCUUGGUCGACCACAUCUGUCAUCACAUGUCUAUCUGGUUUAAAUGACAACAUACAAGUUUUGCCCCGACUGCAACAACAUAUUGUACCCUAAAGAGGACAGGAAACAGAAGAUCCUCUUGUACGCCUGCCGCAACUGCGACCACCAGGAGGUUGCCGACAGUUUUCGCGUUUAUAGAAACCAAGUGCAACACUCCACCGGGGAGCUGACCCAAGAAUUGCUGGAAGCGGCAGCUGAUCCAACUCUCCCUCGCACGAAAUCGGUUCGUUGCCCAGAGUGUAACCAUGGAGAAGCUGUCUUCUUGAACGCCAAGUCUAGAGGGGAUGAUGGUUUUACUCUCUUUUAUGUCUGCUGCAACCCCAAUUGUGGAUAUCGCUGGAGAGAAAAUUAA